AGCCCCCGCCUGCCCAGCCAGCCGGCUGGCCUUGGAGAGUGGGCAGCCGCCUCCAGCUUCAGCCCCAGCCCCUGCCCCCUCGGUCUCCUCCGCAAGGAACGCAGCAGCUGGUCCGAAGCGGCGAGCGGCAGCAUCCCGGAGCCACUGGCAUCCCCAGGAGCAGGGAGCACCUGAAGCCGAGCCGAGCCAACUCAUCCCGAGCCGGUCCUCCCCGGCGACCGAGUGAGCGGGCCAGCCUCGUCCCCUCCCAGCGAGAGUGCGUGCCCCCCCGAGGCUCUUGGCCCUCAGGCACCUGAAGGAAAGAUGAUUGGCCGGGCUCUGAGUCGCUUUGGGAAGAUGCUUAUCCGGAGAAGGGUGCUGGAGCCGGGCUUGGGGGAGAGUCGCUUUGCCCGCUGCCUGAGCACCCUGGAUCUGGUAGCUCUGGGUGUGGGCAGCACCUUGGGUGCAGGGGUCUACGUGCUGGCCGGUGAGGUGGCUAAGGAGAAGGCCGGGCCGGCCAUCGUCAUCUGCUUUCUGGUGGCCGCCAUGGCCUCCGUGCUGGCUGGGCUCUGCUAUGCUGAGUUUGGGGCCCGGGUCCCCCGGGCUGGCUCAGCUUAUCUUUACAGUUAUGUCGCUGUUGGGGAGCUGUGGGCCUUUACCACUGGCUGGAACCUCAUCCUUUCCUAUGUCAUCGGUACGGCCAGUGUGGCCAGGGCCUGGAGCUCUGCUUUUGACAACCUGAUUGGGAACCACAUUUCACUGACCCUCCGGGGAAGCGUCUCUCUGCAUGUGCCACGGAUCUUGGCAGAGUACCCAGACUUCUUUGCUCUUGGCCUUGUGCUGCUGCUCACUGGGUUGCUGGCCCUGGGAGCCAGUGAGUCAGCUUUGGUGACCAAGGUGUUCACAGGUGUGAACCUGGUGGUUCUGGGCUUCAUCAUUGUUGCUGGUUUCAUCAAGGGUGACAUCCACAACUGGCAGCUCACCGAAAAAGACUAUCAACUGGCUGCUUCUACACCUAACGGCAAUCGCAGCAUCGGAAGUUUGGGCUCUGGGGGCUUCAUGCCUUUUGGUGUAGGAGGCAUCCUCCGUGGGGCAGCCACCUGCUUCUACGCAUUUGUUGGUUUUGACUGCAUCGCCACUACUGGGGAGGAGGCAAAGGAUCCUCAGCGUUCCAUUCCUGUGGGCAUCGUAGUCUCACUGUUGGUCUGCUUCGUGGCCUAUUUUGGUGUUUCUUCUGCUCUUACUCUCAUGAUGCCAUAUUACCUGCUGCGACCCGAGAGCCCUUUGCCAGAGGCCUUUCAUUUUGUGGGAUGGGCUCCUGCCCGAUACCUCGUGGCAGUUGGGUCCCUUUGUGCUCUUUCCACCAGCCUUCUGGGCUCCAUGUUCCCCAUGCCUCGAGUGAUCUAUGCCAUGGCAGAGGAUGGCCUUCUGUUUCGGGCUUUCGCACGAGUGCACUCCCGGACACACACCCCACUCGUGGCCACCAUCGCCUCGGGCAUCAUCGCAGCCCUGAUGGCCUUUCUUUUUGAGCUCUCCGAUCUCGUGGACCUCAUGUCAAUCGGGACGCUGCUCGCCUAUUCCCUGGUGGCCGUGUGUGUUCUCAUCCUCAGGUACCAGCCUGAUGAACUAGUGCAGCCAAAGGUGGAUCAGGCUGUGGAACUGCAGUGGCCACAGGAGGAUAAGGAGGAACCAGAGUCUGAGAAUGAAGCCCUGACCUUUCGGAGGCUCCUCUGCCCAUCCCACUCUACACCCACCCAGCUCUCCGGCCAUAUCGUCUAUGCAACUGUGUCGAUUCUUGCUGUGGUGAUUACAGUCCUGUGCGUGGUGUUGGCUCACUGGUCAGAGGAGCUGUUGGCUGGGAAGCUUACCUGGGUUACUCUGAGCACCCUGCUCCUGGUGCUAGUCUUCGUGAGUACUGCAAUCAUUUGGAAGCAGCCUCAGAGCCAGUCUCAUCUGCAUUUCAAGGUGCCCGCAGUACCUCUCCUCCCACUGCUGAGCAUCUUUGUCAAUGUUUAUCUCAUGAUGCAAAUGAAGGCUGGCACCUGGGCCCGGUUUGGGGUCUGGAUGCUGCUUGGAUUUGCCAUCUACUUCACCUACGGGAUCCGGCACAGUCUGGAGGGUCAGAAUGCCUCAGCGUCCCCGCCUCCACCUCCAAUCGCACCCAAAACUAGGAAUGUCAUCAGCCCUAGUGCUCCUUCUAUCUGAUUCCGAUAGGCUGGAGGUUCUGGCAGCACAACACUGGAGAUUGCCUCUGUCUUUGUUCUUGUUCAACUCUAAAUCAUCUUGGAUCGUAGGGGAUGUAGGCUGCUAUUGGGUCAGGUGGGUCAGGAGGCCCGGGAUGUCUCUUCCUGGGUCCCUGGAAGGGGAGGGGGCUUCUUAUACAGAGCUGUAUUUAUUGUGAUUGAAGUAUUGAUCUUUUGCUUUUUUUAGUCUUGACUUUUUUUUUUGCUGUCUUGUCUACUUGGUGAGCUUUUGGAAUUAAACAAUGGAAAUGAGAGCAGAAA